CAACGACGUCUUCACCCCUCCCUCUCUCUCGCUCGGGCUCAUCACCCCUUCUUCGUGCUCCUCAGACUCUACAUCCCCCCCUAACGUCUCCUCUGAUGCAUCCUCUUCUCCACUAGCCGCAUCCUUCCCCUUUCCGAAAUCGAUGGCCCGAAACUGCAUGCCACCAGGCGGCGAGCAAACCGGCUCCGCCUCUGCCGCUGGCGACUCUUCUACUGGCGGGUCUUCUGCUGGCGACUCUGCCGCUGGCGAUUCUUCGGCUGGCGACUGUUCUGCACCGACUGACGCUUGUCCCUCCACAGCACUCGUCCCCGUAUCCUUAGUCCCAGUAGUUGUAGUUGUAUCUGCACCCGUCUCCGCAGACUCCCUUCCUUCCGCCUCGACCGUCCCGUCACCCGGCAUCGCGCGCUGCGGAAUCUCCUUCGACGACUCGGACGGAUGGCGGAGAUGUUCGAACUCGAGGAGCGACGAGCGACGAAGUUGUUCGAGUUGUUGGUCGGGGUUCUUGAAGGAAGCGGGGAUGGUUAGCGAACGUUCGGUACGAUAGGGAGGGUUGAUUCAAGGUGCGGAUGGAGGAGAACGGGCAGCGAGCGAACAGGGGAAGAAGGGGAACAAAGUAGACGCAGAGUAUGGCAUUAGUAUGCGGAUAUGAUAUGGAUGCGCUAGAUAUA